CUAAAAAGUCCACUUCUCAGCGAUGGCAGUCCAAGCCACCAGGAGUUUUUUUCUGUUAAUUGCGAUAUCACUUAGCAGUAUUUUCUUCUUUCUAUCAUGGGAACAUUCAGUAGAAAACGUCCGCUGGAAAACUUUCACUGGGAAAGUCAGACACAUGAAGGGAAACAUCUCGCAUGAAAAUAACGCAACACUCUCUGGAAACAAAGGGAACUCGACUCCAUGUCCUGCUGUGUUAACCACAAUACAACACAAAAGUUGUUUCAACAAAUCCAGUGACAACUCCAAAAAAACAUCAAAUGAAAACUUCUACAAAUGCACCUGCAGCUGAGACGCCAAUGCCCGUCCUCUACAAGAAAUCCUUCAAGAAGCUUCCAAAGUGGGAUUUUGAGGAUGUUUAUAACCAGGAUGGCCGUCCUGGACAGAGAACCUGUCCCCAGUCUCUGAGAAACUCAAAGGAUGAGAGCUUCAAGAAGGCUUUUCUUCCCAACAUACGUUUGUUUCUGCACAAAGACAACAUCAACAUGAGCGAAUGGAACCGACUUUCACAUUUUAACAAUCCUUUUGGUUUUAUGGAGUACAAGUAUGACGAUGUGAUGCCUUCACUGAAGCUGAUUCCAAAGCCAACAGAGCCUCUGCUCCAUCCAAAACCAGGAGGUGAUGGCUGUGUGCGCUGUGUCGUGGUGGGUACCGCAGGAAUCCUCAGUGGCUCCAAAGCCGGCGCAGAGAUCGACUCUCAUGAUUAUGUUUUCCGGAUGAAUGGGGCCUUGACCAAGGGUUUUGAGGAAGACGUAGGAAACAGAACAUCUGUGUACGUUCACACGGCCCACUCCAUCACUACAUCGCUAUAUUUGUUCAGGAAAUACGGCUACACAUCUGCCCCUCAUGAUGAGGGGAUAAAGUACGUCUUGAUUCCUGAAGGAAUGAGAGACUUCCAGUGGCUGGAGGGUCUUCUGAAAGGAGAAAGUGUUCGCGCCGGCCCGUACCACAAAAAACUGCCGAGGACAUACUACUCAGGGCAGUACAACGAGAGCCGCUUCUACGUUCUACAUCAAGACUUCCUCCGCUACGUACGAAACAGGUUCCUGUUGUCUCCUAAUCUUAAUGCUUCCUUCUGGCCAAUAGUCAGACCAACCAAUGGGGCUUUCACUCUCUUCCUAGCUCUGCACACCUGUGACAUAGUGAGUGCAUACGGAUUCAUGACAGAAGACUACAGCAAAUACUCCAACUACUACUUUGAGAAGGAGAUUAAAACCAAGGUCAUUUUCUACAGCAACCACGACUACAAUCUGGAGAAGAAUUUGUGGAAAAGUCUUCACGACAGGAAAAUACUUAAGCUAUAUCAGAAAUCUGAAUCAGGGACAGAAAAGCCGAAGCAACGUUAAUACAUCAAGAACUGAACAUGUGUUAAAGAGUUAUGAUGAUAUUGUGCAUGUAAUAAUGAAAUUCAUCUAGGGCACUAAACAGACUAGAGCCGCCUGUGAUUUCUGUUCAUCUAGCAAGUCCAUUCAAUCUGCUGAAGAAUCUCUGCUCUGGAGAGUGUCUGUCUGUUGUUGGACAGUCUUAUACUCUGUACUGUUGAGCUAUUUAAUACAGGGGAUAGUACACCAGUGACUUCUUAAUGUAAUUAAUGAACUUAUCUAUAAUACUACAUAAGCAGUAGCUAAUCAUUUCCAAGAGACAAGCUACUGCAGACUUGCACAUUGUGUCUUUACCUGGUUCAAAUUUUUUUAAUCAAAUAUUUUCAAUCAAAUGUUUUAAUCAAAUAUUUGAAAUAGGGAAGUUUCAUCAGAACCAAAAAGAAAACAUGUAAUUAUCUGUAAAAAUAAAAA